AUGGUGGCCUCCGAUGACCUGCAAGGCCUUUUAAAGCGCGAUUCCGCCUUUCUUCCCGAAGUGUGGGCAUGGUUUGGAAUCGGCGUCACUGUGAUUAUCUUACGAUUUGUGGUCAGGAUAAGGAUGGUUGGCUUUCGAGGGUUCGCAGGCGAUGACUAUGUAACAAUAAUCACGCUCGCCAUGUAUACUUGCGAUGCCGCGUUUGUGGAUAUAUGCUAUGAGAACGGAACAAACGUGGACGUGCCUCCAGCCUCAAUACCAGGCCUAACGGAUGCGCAACGGGCCCGGCUAAGUAACGUGAUGAGCACGCUUAAUCCGCUUAAUUUCAUCACGCCGCCGACACCACCUAUUCUCAUUUCUGAGGCUACGAUGCUCUUUUUCUACAAACGCCUGACAUUUGGGCUUUGGCAACACAGAGCCUUGAAGUACUUGGCCUGGUUUACUGCUGCGUCGUACUUGGCUGUCGUGCUGACGAUAUCUCUUGGAUGCCGACCAUAUCACCUGAACUGGCAGGUGAAGCCUCUCCCACCGAGCCAAUGCACGCUCAAGAAGCAGAACUUCCUCGUAACGGCGGUGCUCAACGUCAUUACAGAUGCGGCGAUUCUCUGCAUACCACUGCCAAUGCUCAGGCAGCUGAAAGUUCCUCUUUCCCGAAAAGUCAUGAUAGCCCUGCUGCUGUGCUCUGGGUUAUUCAUCAUCACGGCGGCCAUCAUCCGCGCAGCAGUCACACUGGGAUCGUCGCCAUCAGGCACAACGAUCAACCGCUGGGGUGUUCGAGAAACAAUUAUUGGGAUUCUCUCGAUCAACGCGCCCAUCCUGCGGCCGCUGUUAACGCGCAACUUCUGGACAGGCAAGAACGUGAGCGACAGUCUGGCAGAGGCGACACCGGCAGAGAAUGAGCAAAGGCAUCGGAAACGCGUGUUCGGAAGCAAGAGCAGCAGAUCCGACAACACUGGCAGUAGCUACACGCCCAAAAAACUAUCCAAGUCGGACAGCGCUGCUUUCGGGGUUGACACCAACGUGCCGGGGUACUCGGUGACGGAUGGCAACAACUCGUCGCAGGAGAUAAUCAUGCAGCGGGACGAAGAGGCGGGCAUUGAACUGGCGCCGGUCUCGGAGAGGCACAGCGAGGAGGCGGGCGGCGGGCUGCAGGUGCCCGAGAACGCGGUGGUGCAGCCGCUUGACAACGUUGUGUACGUGGAGCGGUCUUACGCAGUCAGGACGUCGGACGCUCAGCAUGCUAGCAUGGCGGUGCCGCAGGAGCGGUGGCGCGAGGUGGGCCAGAGGGCGAGGACGAGGACGGACAUUAGCGCGUUGGGGCGCGGCCACGACAUCGGGCCAGGCGUGGCGGUCGGAGCAACACCGGCCUUUUUCUGGGCAGUCGCCGUCUUGCUGGCUUCACCAUCCGGGAAACCAGUCACAGCCCUCUCGAUGCGGAAUCCAAUUGCCUGCGUGUCGUGUCGCAAUGCCAAGCAGAAAUGCAUCCACCAAGACAAACCGCCCUGUGACCGCUGCCGCGCCGCCGGCCGCGCUGACCAAUGCCGCUUCCCGCCGCCCGGCACCUCCGCCAUCCACCGGCAGUCGAAGCGCCGCCGCCAGACCUCUGAUUUUUCCAAUUCCAUCCAGGAGAAUGGCGCGCCCUCGGCUCGGCCUCAGCCCGCCUACGCCCACGACGGCUCUGCUGCCGUGCGCGCCCUGUUCCCCGCCGGCCUCGACACCUCGCUGCAGGACGUCGACGGCUUCCAGUUGAUGACGGAUGAGAUCAAGAACAGCUAUCUGCGCUGCUCCUACAAGUGGAGCUUCCACCACACCCCGACCUUCCUGGCCCGCGUCAACGACAAGACCCUCGACCCGUGGGUUGUGUGGGCCAUCCUGGCGCUUGCGGUAAGGUUCAGCCGCCACGCCCCGGGGCCCUACGCCACCCCGACUGACGCCAGCAAAGCUUUCGCCGCCCAUGCUCGCCACAUCCUGCAGCCUGAGAUCGAGACGCCCAGUCUCUCGCGCAUCCAGGCCCUGCUGAUGCUGACCGGCCACGACUGGGGUGCCGGAAAUGGCAGACGAGCUUGGUUCUACCUGGGCAUGGCCAUCCGCAUGGUCCAGAUCCUCAAUCUUUGCGAGGAGCUCGCGCUUUCUCCCAAUGCCGUGCUGAGCCCCCAGGACUUCAUUGCUGCCGAAGAACGCCGCCGCACCGCCUGGACCUGCUUCCUGAUGGACAGCCUGUUGAGCGGUGGCAAGGGACGCAAGCGCUCUCUGUCCGCCGCAGACAUGCGGAUUCAGCUGCCGUGUGAGACCGACAUGUAUGUAUUUGGUGAAGCCGUACGAUGCCCCAGGGUCGACGGCUCCUUCAGUCCCUUUUCCGCCAUGCUUCCUCUCGGGAACCUCGGCAUCAUUGGGUUCAGUCUCAGAAUUGCCGAUGUGUGGGGUGCCGUGGCGUCGUGGGCUUGCUCCAACAUCAUGGAUGAAGAGCUACCAUGGGGCCCAACUUCCAGGUUCCAGCAGCUCUCUACCUCUCUUCGCGCCUGGUCGCAAUCCCUCCCAACCAGGCUCCGAUAUAGCAUCUGGACUCUGGAGGCUCAUAAUGCGCUUGAACAGGGCCAAGGCUUCAUCUACAUGCAUUGCAUUCACUUCAUGAGCUUGAUGUUCCUGCACCGAGCCUACCUGCCCAUGCUCGGUCCUGGCCAGGAUUUCCAAACCAACGGCGCUGACUCGCGCGAGAGCUCCGACUGGACCGAGUGGCGCAAGACUUCGAGAAGGGAGUUGUUCGAAGUGGCCACCACUGUAUGCGAUAUGGUUGACAAGAUUCAGUCUUUCGGGUUCUACUUUGUCCGUGGGCUCGUUCCCUGGAUCGGCUUCACAAUUUACACUGCUGUGGGUGUCAUCGUCUACCGGAACAGCUUCCACUUCGAUGAAGUAGACGGCGUUAUGACCAUGGCCAAGAGCAAGGAGCAGAUUGUCCGGGGCUGCACAUUCCUCAAAGAGAUGAAGGAGCAGUGGCCCAUGGCCCAGCAAUGGUUUGAGACCAUCAAACGCAUGCAAGCCUGCUACCGCAGAGCCCGGGUUGAGGGUGGCAGCAGCAUUCCAGACGCGGAGCAGCGGACUAUUCGUAGCGCAAUGAUCGACUAUGGCGCCCUUCAACCAUCACCCGUUCAGACCGACGAAGAAGGCAACACCCAAACAGUGCCAAGUUCAAAUCCCCCUGAUGCAAGCGUCCUUACCAGAGCCGAACCUGCAGGAACCACGAACCCCGUGGAUCAGGUCAUCACUGAUGAUGCUUUCCUCACUCAGGACUGGACGAAUGUGGAUCUCAAUAUCUCCGACGCCGAUCUUGAUGCCAUGUUCAUGAACGCGACCCAGGAAUUCUGGGCGAGCUUCCCUGGUGAAGUGGGAUACUUUGACGUUUAG